AUGGCCCAUUUAUCCGGUCUGACAAAUUUUUUUGAAGAAAUAGAAGCAUGUGGAGGCGGUACGAAAUCCUUGUACUUCAGUUUCCAGUUGCCAGAUCGAAAGGAAUCUUUCGUCGACUGUCGCUUACUUCUCGAUCUGAGGGAAUGUUUACUGGAGGAAGCCGCUGAAGCGUGGCAAGCCGCUUCUGUGACGGUUAUUUUCACGCCGGCCACGACUUCAUCGUCGGAACAUUCCAGGCCUGAAUCCGUGACUGCUAACAAACGCGCGCUUGCUUCUGGAUCGUUUGAUAAUUUUCCGUUAAUCAUGCUGCUACUCGGUGGCGCCGUGCCAGAGAAAAAAAUUGAACAAACGAAUUUAUUUAUGUUGGGAGAAAGAGCAAGUCAAGAUCCAACGAAUUCCACGCAGAAUUUUUAG